UGGGGUCGGUGUCCGCGUCGGUCGCCUCAGCCGCCGUCCCGGCCGAGGGUCCGGGUCCCGCGGGCCCCGGCGGCGCGUCGUGCGGGAUGAACGGGGGCGCGGGGGCGGCGGCGGGGUCUUGGAGCCGCUCCGUCGAUCGGGCCCUGGAAGAGGCGGCGGUGACGGGCGCGCUGAGCCUCAGCGGCCGGAAGCUGAGGGAGUUUCCCCGGGCGGCGGCACAGCACGACCUCACCGACACCACCCGCGCAGAUUUGUCCCGGAACCGUCUCUCAGAAAUUCCCGCAGAAGCGUGUCACUUUGUUUCCCUUGAGAGCCUUAACUUGUACCAAAACUGUAUUCGUUAUAUCCCAGAGGCAAUCCUGAACCUUCAAGCUCUAAGUUUCCUAAAUAUCAGUCGAAACCAGCUUUCAACGCUGCCAGUACACAUGUGUAAUUUGCCACUGAAAGUCUUAAUUGCUAGCAAUAAUAAACUGGUCUCACUUCCGGAAGAAAUUGGGCAACUCAGACAUUUGACAGAGCUUGAUGUGAGCUGUAAUGAAAUACAGACAGUACCUCCCCAAGUCGGCAAUCUGGAAUGUCUGCGGGAUCUCAACAUCCGAAGAAAUCAUUUAGUGCGUUUACCUGAAGAGCUUGCAGAAUUGCCUUUGAUACGGUUGGACGUCUCCUGCAAUAAAAUUACCACGAUCCCUGUUUGUUAUCGCAAACUCAGGCACUUACAGAUGAUCACCCUCGAUAACAACCCCCUACAGUCUCCUCCUGCACAGAUAUGCAUAAAAGGUAAAAUACACAUAUUUAAAUACCUAAACAUAGAAGCUUGCAAGAGCGUGCCAGACCUGCCUGAUUACGACAGAAGACCGAUGGGAUUUAGCUCUUGCCAUGAAGAACUGUACUCAGGACGCUCAUACGGAGCCCUUGAUUCAGGUUUCAACAGUGUAGACAGUGGCGAUAAAAGAUGGUCAGGGAAUGAGCCUACGGAUGAGUUUUCAGACCUACCUCUGCGUGUAGCAGAAGUUACUAAAGAGCAGAGACUGAGAAGAGAGAACCAGUAUCAAGAGAAUCGAGGCAGCGUGGUCGUCACAAAUGGUGGAGGGGAACAUGAUCUGGAUCAGAUUGACUAUAUAGAUAGCUGUGCUACAGAAGAAGAGGAGGACGAGGUGAGGCAACCCAAGCGUGUGGAUUCAGACAGCCUCAGCUCAGAGUUCAUGGCGUAUAUUGAACAACGGAGCAUCUCUCAUGAGGGUUCACCAGUGAAGCCGAUGCCCAUUAGGGAGUGUCAGAGAACAGAGGAUAUAAGAAAAUGUUCACAUCAAAACAGAGAUGCCGAUGAAUUAAGGAGACCCGAAACACUAAGUUUGAUUCAAGAAAGAGAGAGGCAUCAAGCAGUAAGACAUCAUACUGACAGAACAGAAAGGGUGUCUGUCUUGUCCAGGGUUCCGGUUGAGGCAUCUUACCUUCUGUCACUAUCACAGAACCAUAAUCAGCUCUCCCACACAGAUCCGGAACCGACCCGAGGACGGGAGCAGUUAGUGGAGCGCACGCGGAGAGAGGCACAACUUGCAGCCCUUCAGUACGAGGAGGAGAAAAUGAGGACCAAGCAGAUACAGAGGGAAGCCCUUCUGGGCUUCGUCAAGCAAAAGGCAAUGCAGAGUCCACAAAAACAAAGUCCCUUGGAUAGCGAGUGUCCUUUUCCAUCCAGAAGGUCUCAGCAUACUGAUGAUAGUGCCUUGUUAGUGUCGCUGUCAGGGUUGAAUCAAGAGGGCUGCGCUACUACCCUGCUUCACGCCUCUGCCUUCAGACCCGUCAAGAGUGAUGACAGACCUGGAAUCUCACCAACUUCACCCGUAGCCCAAACAGGCUCGGUCCACCUGUCCUCUCCGUAUUCUGGUCCUGCUGCUUCGAACUGUAGAAACCCAUCCCAGCGGCCUGAGAGUUUCCUUUUUCGAGCAGCCAUCAGGGAUGAAGCACAUAAAGGCUGUACUUCACCUCUUCUUUCUUCCUCUGCUCUUCCUACUGAUUCCAUGGACCCCCAAGCAAGACAUGAUCCCAGUCAACAAGAUGAAGACCUAGAAUCGAUAAAUCAGCUCCGGAAGAAUAUAGAAUUUCGGUUGAAAGUAUCCCUACCUAGUGACCUUGGAGCAGCUCUUACUGACGGUGUUGUUCUUUGCCACUUAGCCAAUCAUGUACGACCUCGAUCUGUUUCCAGCAUUCACGUCCCCUCUCCUGCUGUACCUAAAUUAACAAUGGCUAAAUGCAGGCGAAACGUGGAGAAUUUUUUGGACGCUUGUAGAAAAAUUGGUGUACCUCAGGAGCAAUUAUGUUUGCCUCGCCAUAUUUUAGAAGAGAAAGGCUUGGGCCAGGUAUCGGUGACGGUCCAGGCCCUCCUCGAGCUUGCACCGCCCAAGCAGCCACCGCAGCACCAUUCGUCUGCUGUGUAAAGACUCCCAGGACCGUGGGCUCCGCUGGGCCGAGCGGCCGGACGGGAUGACCUGACUGCCGCCACCCAGCCGGCCUUAGAAAAGAGCUCGCGCGUUUCUUAGGAAGAAGUGACCGUUCCACGAUUCCUGAUGGGCGUAUUUUGCUCCAUUUCUCCAUUCGGGGGGAGAGGGUAUCGGGGGCCAUUUUAGUUUUGUAGGAGUGCCUCGGCCCUUCCUGAAGCAGCGCUCGGUCUGUAGGGGAGGGCCGGGAUUCACUGACUCGCAGCGCCACUCAGACGAAGCUCACUCAGCCCCGUGAGGUCUUGGAGAUUGAAGGGUUUUGUUUUCUAAAAUGUGUUGCACUGUUUGGCGUCAGUGGGAUGUGGUGAGAGUCCUAACAGAAUUUCGUUCCCAAAGGAAAUUUUGGUCCCUCGGGAACACGGUAGUGGUGAUUUCUUAUGCUAUCGUCGAGCCUAAGGGCUCUCUGUUGGCCUUCUUGCCCCAUACUGUUGCUUUUUCAAAUUACGCAUGUACAGGUCAAUGGAAUAAGAAGCACCGAUGUGGCUGUUCUGGGCUUUUUUUGAAAAUGUGACUAAAAAUAGCCCAGUUGUGUUCUUCGUAGUGUGCCAGGACCACUACAGAGCCACUGUCAUGAGCAUAGAGUGUCUAAACCACAGCUCUUUCCCCAGAGGAUGCUGUGAACGACCCUUCAUUUUCCAAGCCAGGAUUCGCUACCGUCAAAAAGUAUCCACACGCUCCACUGUUCAGGACAAAGCACCCAGGUUCGCCAGCCCUGCUCAAUCUGUGCUUUUACCCAGGUUCUCCCACCUCCUGUUCUUCCCCAGACCACUGAGAUAAAAAAAACACAAAAAACCCAACCGUGUGCCUGUGGCGGAUCAUUUCCCUGUGCCGAUUCUCAAGAGGAAAGGAAAAAAAAGGCAAAGCUGGACAUUUCUUUUAGGUCCCCUGCCCGAUGUCCUUUCAGUCAUGAACCAGUCAUCAUGACUCUCAAGCACGAUAGGCAUCAUGACGUACACAUUGGAAAAUCCACCCGUUGACCUGUUCUUUUCAAAGGACAUUGUGUGUUUUUUCAUGCUGGAUGAAGUGUCGAUGGUGGAAAAAGGAUGGGAAUCUAUUGGGCCAUUCGGAAAUGGAAUAUAAAGUCUUUGAUUUUACCAGGACGUUAUGGAAAGCGUUUUCACUUAUGCCGUAAACUAUGUUUUCUGCAUUGACUAUCAUUCCAAACGUGUUAAAAGGACAAAAAGGAGGGAUCGGCUAGAUUUCAAUUCAAGGCAUUCUGUUUCAUUGUCUCUAUGAGGGCAUAAUACUUUCUUUAAAUGGUUCCUCUUUCAAUCAGAUGUAGCCAGCCUAAGAAAGCUGUAAAGUGUUCUCCCAAAAUAAUGCAAUCUUUGAAUAUGGAGAUAGAAGUCGAGCAGUGUUUAAUCAUUUUUCCUGAUUUAAAUUUACUUAAUCAUUGCAGUUUGAUCCGGUUCAUUGUGCUGUGUAAACUCGAACGUGUCAUCCACGGUGCAGGUCUGCCGAGCAAAGUUAUUAAGUUGGAGUGAGAAGCUUCAAUCCCGAAGGGUUAGUGUGAUUAGAGACUAGAAGAUGUCUUCACCAAAAAAAAAAAAAAUCAUCACCGGCAUUGUUUUUUAAAAUUUCAUUUUAGGCAAGUCAGGUUUUUACAUUUUAAUUUUGAGUUUUGCUUCCAGCAGACUCUACAAGAUAUCCAGACAGAAAAUUAUAACCUGAAACUUUUACAAACCAUUAGUUAAAGCCAACUGCAAGUAUAUUAUUGCAUUGGAAUGUUUAGAAAUUUCUGUUCAGUUACAAAAUUUUUGUUGUCGCUAGUGAAAAGGAAAAUGUCAGUAAGGCUGGGAUUGUGUUUUAUGUACUAAAUACAAGAAAAACUAUCAUGUUUUUCUUAAACUUUGAGGUUAAAUAUGAUGGGGGUUUUUUUCUUUUGGCAAGGAAUUAUUUUGGUUUUUUAAAGAAAAAGAAUUCAGCUGAGUGCUUUGCUGGUUUAUUAAUCUAAAGCCAGCAUGUUGCCAAUUUUGUCUCACCCGUGUUUAUACAGAAGCAAAGGCUUAUUCAAAUUGAGGCCAUCAGGAGCUUGAAAUUCAGAAAAUGCCCCUCUUCGGAGAAGUGGUAAAUUUAACGGUAGGUCACUUCCUUAAAGCGCAAGCGCAGUUUGUGAGGGUGAUUACAUUAACCUGGUGAGAUCCAAUUUUUUGUUUCAAUUUUUUUUUUUAAGUGGGCUUUUAAAAUGGUUUUCUAGGAAUGAAGGAAAAUGUGGACAUAUGGAAACUUUGUUUUGUAUAGAUAUUGCAGUGGAAUAGUUUAAUAAAGCAGUUGUCAUUUGGUUAUAUCUGAAAAUGUUGUAAACGUGUAAUUAGUAAUUUUUAAAGCACCCUCCUAUAUUUGUAUGUCUGUAAAUACAUUCCAUUAAUUUCUAAGAACGUUACGUAUAAAUAUGUCAAUAUCUUGUAUGUUAUUUUAAAUUGCCUAUAUGCUGCCAUAGUGUAAACAACUAGCACAUUGAUAUUAAAAUGAAUAAAACCACCAAAACACUGUUGCAUGAAA